GAAACAGCCUCGGUUCAGAUCAAGCGGGGCCUUGGUGAUCGCAGUCGCAGUGCUCUUGAGCCACAAGCUGUUGCCUUCAUUCGUGCAGGCUCUCCUCACCGAGCCAUCGCGGACCCUUCGAGUCCACAGGGCCGCAGAGGCUUCGUCAGGGGAGCCAGCGGAGUCCUCUGAGCCGGAGGAGGAGGACACGACGAAUGUGGAGCUGUUCCGGCAGUCCCUGAUUCAAGGAUGGGGCUCCGGCAGCUCAGUUGGCAGUGCUUCAGGCACAUCCGACUGGGCCGAGCCAAUCGACGCGGCCGAUGUCCGUGCUGGCGACGUCCUGCUCGGAGACCCUGCCAGUUUCUUCGGCGAGGGCGGCUCGGUCGCGCUGAAGCGCGUGGGCCUCCAGGAGCGCAUCCCGGCAGAUUACCCUCGACGAGAGCGCCUGCGCUAUCUGCCUGUCGUUCUCUUGACCGAAGUAGACAAGGAGCGCGGCACGGCGCAGGGCGUUUGGCUGACUCUCCGCACAGGCAGACUGUUAGGCGACCUCAUCGAUGUCUUCCACAGCCGGCCCUUGCUUUACGGGGGUCCUGCUGCAAGCGAAGGCCUGACCUCGCCUCUUCCUGCUCGGGUCUACGGCUGUUACGGGUGGGAAGAAGUUGUCCUCAUGGAGAAGCCGCGUGCUCCCAAGGGGCGUUGGUACAUGGCAGGUGCUGCCGUGGCGGCAUUGGCGCUGGUGGGCGUUGUGGCCAAGGUGUCCCACUCCUCGCUCUCCAAGUCCAAGACACUGGAUGAGAUCGAGAACUGGGAGGAGCUUCCAGGAAUGGACCAGGUCAUCCACAAGGCCCAGGCCCUGAAGAUGGACAAGCCCUUGCGCAACCUGCAAGACCUGUUCUACGACUCCCAGCCGGAGGAACUGCCCUGGAUCCGGACCGAGUGCGUGAUCGACACUGUUCAGGCUGCGGCCUACCUUGCUCAAGCCGUCGUCUUCCUCUACAAGGCCAUUGACUACGACGGCCUGGAGUGCCCCAACAACUCCCCGGUGGGCUGCGCUGCCAGUGUGGCCGGCUUCAUCACCUCCAUCACCUGGAUUGCCUCCUACCUGUGCCUUGGCCUAUGUGAAGUUUGGGGUGUCGGACUGUUAGAGUGUAAGAGCAAAGCUUCGGAAAUGCGGGCCUCACACCGGGAUUGUUUACAUGUUCCUUCGAGACGAGGCCCGGACCAGGGUCUCCGGAUCCAGUUUACAAGAUGCCUUGAGAGGGGCAUCGAGGUAUACACAAAUCCUCGUGGUCGUAGACGGUAG